AUGCUGGCUAGAAGUUGCAAUAAUGUCGGUCCCUUGGUUUUUCAGAAAAGAAAUAUAGCUGGCCAAAUCGGGAAGCUGGCAUCAAGACUUUUAAAGCUACGCUACCUUGUUGUGGGUGCGGGUGUUGGUGGCUCGUACACGAUAUCUAAGAAAUAUGACGAAUUCAAAGAUUCCUUGUCGAAAAUAACCUUAGAAGACUACCUACCAACAGAUAAGAUCAACGAAACAAUUCAGCUUUUUAAAGAAUAUGCUGCAUCUAUCGGUGAAUCUGGAACAUCUGGCUCUGGGUUUUUUUCGAAUUUUGAAAAGAAGCUACAUGUAUCAAAUGAACGUGAAGCUGUGAAAGAAGCUCCCUCUUCAUCGCUCGUUUCUGAUACUAGUGAUGAUCUAGAAAAGCCUGUUAAACAAAAGCCCAAGCAAAUUAGUGUUGAAGAAUUGCAAGAAGCUCUUCUGAAGAACGAGUUAGCGUUCCAUAGACGGAUUGAAGCACUGCUUCAGGAGAAUAGGGAGUUGCGCAGUGAACUUCUUCUUAAGUCUCAGAAAUCUUUACAAAAAGGUCGUAUCAACAAAUCUUUGAUUGAUAUGUAUUCAGAAGUAUUGGAUGAACUAUCAGAUUUGGAUUCUGCAUACAAUGCUCAGGACCAAUUACCAAGAGUGGUUGUUGUUGGUGAUCAAAGCUCUGGGAAAACAUCUGUUUUAGAAAUGAUAGUACAGGCUCGGAUAUUUCCAAGAGGCGGUGGAGAGAUGAUGACACGAUCUCCGGUCAAAGUAACUCUUUCUGAGGGCCCAUACCAUGUUGCUUCAUUCAAAGAUGGUUCACGUGAAUACGAUCUCACAAAAGAGUCCGAACUUGCAUCGUUGAGGAAAGAGAUAGAGAUGCGUAUGAAGGCACUUGUUAGUGGUGGUAAAACAGUCAGCACUGACGUCAUUUCCCUAAAUGUGAAAGGGCCUGGGCUCCAGAGGAUGGUUCUUGUUGAUCUACCUGGCAUAAUUUCUACUGUAACAACGGGUAUGCAGUCUGGUACACGUGAAACUAUACAGGAUGUUGCUCGACAAUAUAUGAACAAUCCGAAUGCGAUUAUUUUAUGCGUUCAAGAUGGGAGUAUCGAUGCUGAGCGUAGCAAUGUAACAGAUUUAGUAUCUUCUGUAGAUCCUUCAGGUAAACGAACUAUCUUUGUUUUGACCAAAGUGGAUUUGGCUGAAUCAAAUCUGCGCAGCCCAGACCGUAUCAGACAAAUUCUGGAGGGUAAAUUAUUUCCUAUGAAAGCACUUGGUUAUUUUGCUGUGGUCACAGGAAAAGGUACAAAAGAUGAAAGCAUAGAUAGCAUUAAAGAAUAUGAAGAGAAUUUCUUUCGCCAUUCUCGUCUAUUUAAAGAAGGUACACUUCGUAUGUCGCAGAUGACUACAGCUAAUCUUAGCAAGGCUGUAUCAGAGAGAUUCUGGAAAAUGGUCAAAGAUUCAGUUGAACAACAAGCUGAUACAUAUAGAGCUAUUCGUUAUAAUCUUGAAACAGAAUGGAAAAAUUCGUUUCCUCAUUUACGUGAAAUGGAUCGUGAAGAAUUAUUUGAAAAAGCUCGUAACAAUAUAUUAGAUGACCUAAUAUCAUUAAAUGGUAUCAGCUCCACUGUAUGGGAGAAAAAUAUUCAUUACGAAUUAUGGAACAAACUAAAAGAUUAUAUAUUCACUAAAAUAAUUGAACCCUCACAGCACAUUGACGAUAUAGGAACCUUUCAGACAAACGUUGAUAUUUGGCUUCGUGAUUGGGUUGAAAAUAGUUUACCGAAAGCUUCAAUUGAAACUGGUUUGCAGACAUUAUACAAUCAACUGGAUAGUAAAUUAAAAACGAUGAAAGAUGUACCUGGUUAUGAUCCAGUAUUUGAUCCAUUAAAAGUGACUGUACAUCAAGAAAUUCGUAAGCGUCAUCACUGGGAUCCUAAAGCUGAAUCCAGAUUGCGUGUCAUACAAUCGAAUGCUUUAGACGAUCAUACUGUACAUACAAAGUCUCAGUGGACCGCUGCUGUAGAUCUACUAGAACAAGCAGUUAAAGCUCGAUUAAAAGAUGUAAAUCAGUCGAUUACUUCAAGUUUUGGUCCUGGAUGGGUUGAGCAAUGGACUCGUUGGAAAAAACGCACAGCAGAAGAAGAUGCUCGUUUACAAACCGCUCAGGAGAUUGAAAAUUUAUUAAUAUCACUUCCAAAACCAUCCGCUCAUAUUAAUCAAGAUGAUUUAACUACUAUUAGACGUAAUCUUCAAGCUCGUAAUGUUCCUGUGACUGAUAAAAUUAUUUGUGAAACUUGGGAACCUUUAGUUCGACGUUUUUAUCUUGAACGAUCUUUGUUUGUUUGUCAAGAGUGUCGAAAAGGCUUUUACUAUUAUCAGCAUGGUUUUUUGAAUACAUCUUCAUUUAAUAAAUCCUCUAAUACCAAUGAACAUACAUCUAAUGCAGCUGAAAAUUCUCGUUUACGUAAAGAUUCAUUGUCAUCUGAUUUCCCUGAUUGUCGUGAAGUGAUCUUUUUCUCUCGCCUGAAUCGUAUGAUGAAUGCAACUAGUAAUGCGCUUAGACAACAAAUUAUGAAUGAUGAAGCACGUCGUUUAGAACAUUAUGUAAAGCAAGUUUUAAACGAAUUGUCUAAUGAUCCUAUUCGUGUAAAAAAGCUUAUCAUUGGCAGGCGUGUACAAUUAGCUGAAGAUUUAAGUCGAACAAGACAUAUUCAAGAGAAAUUAGAAGAGUUCAUUGCAGCUUUAAAAGCAAGCGAAUAA